AUGGCGUCAAGCGCCGCAGCACCCAGGAGGUGGUUCCCACUUUAAGAAGUGAAGUUUUUUGCCCCCUCCCCCUCCCUGCCCACCUCCUGCAGCCUCCCGCGGCCCGCAGAGCUGGCGAAUGGAGCUGCGCUGUGGCGGCGUGGGGAGCCAGGCUGUGGGGCGCAGGAUGGAUGGGGACAGCCGAGAUGGCGGCGGCGGCAGCAAGGACGCGGGGUCGGAGGACUAUGAGAACCUGCCGACCAGCGCCUCCUUAUCCACCCACAUGACAGCCGGAGCGAUGGCCGGGAUCCUGGAGCACACGGUCAUGUACCCGGUAGACUCAGUGAAGACACGAAUGCAGAGUUUGAACCCAGAUCCCAAAGCCCAGUACACGAGCGUCCACGGAGCCCUGAAGAAAAUCAUUCGGACUGAAGGCUUCUGGAGGCCCCUGCGCGGCCUCAACGUGAUGAUGAUGGGCGCAGGGCCAGCCCACGCCCUGUAUUUUGCCUGCUAUGAGAACAUGAAAAGGACUUUAAAUGCCGUUUUCCACCACCAAGGAAACAGCCACCUAGCCAACGGGAUAGCUGGGAGUCUGGCCACCCUGCUCCACGAUGCAGUAAUGAAUCCAGCAGAAGUUGUGAAGCAGCGCAUGCAGAUGUACAAUUCGCCACACCGGUCGGCCCUCAGCUGCGUCCGGACGGUUUGGAGGACUGAGGGCCUGAGGGCCUUCUACCGGAGUUACACCACGCAGCUGACCAUGAACAUUCCCUUCCAGUCCAUCCACUUUAUCACCUACGAGUUCCUGCAGGAGCAGGUCAACCCACACCGACGCUACAACCCGCAGUCCCACAUCAUCUCAGGUGGGCUGGCCGGGGCCCUGGCCGCGGCCGCCACCACCCCCUUGGACGUCUGUAAGACCCUUCUCAACACUCAGGAGAACAUGGCCUUGAACCUGGCCAACAUCAGUGGCCGGCUGUCGGGCAUGGCCAACGCUUUCCGGACAGUGUAUCAGCUCAACGGCCUGCCCGGCUACUUCAAGGGCAUCCAGGCUCGAGUGCUGUACCAGAUGCCUUCCACUGCCAUCUCCUGGUCCGUGUACGAGUUUUUCAAAUACUUCCUCACCAAGCGCAAGCUGGAGAGUCGAGCGCCAUACUAAAGGAACAGGCCGAAGGCCGUGAGUCCAGAAUCUUGUGUUUUUAAAAGGUUCUCCCUGCCUGCUUGCACCACCUCGCCCUUGCCCCGAAAGCAUUUUUGCAGGGUGUUUUCAGGGUGGGCCUUCCGCUCCCCGGUGCCUGAGAGAGAGGGGCGGAUAGACCAGCCACUUACAUGUAGGCUAUCUGUGGAGACAUCCGAGGUGGUGGCAGGUGGGGCAAGGCUUUGGAAGGGGCACUUCCUCCCCUCAGGGGAAUGAUGCAGCUUUUCUGCUUCAGUGUGGCCAGCCCCUCCCCUCGAGUUGUAGGUCAUGGGGAGGGAAGAAGAUGUGCAGUGACUGAGAACAUUAAAGCAAAAAACAAAGUUAUGUAUGUAAAAGUUCCAGUACACAGUAUAAAAUAGAUGGAUGGUGUUUAUUCUUUAUUUUUCUAUGUAGAAGGUUUUUGGGUUUGUGUGUGUGCCUGUGCGUGUGUGAAUCAGUGUGACAGCUGGGACUGCAAAGCUGUUUUUAAACACGGAGGGCUGAACUCUUCCAUUGGGUUAAGUGAAAAGGCACCAAAGUAAUCGCUAAAUGUGGCCUAAAGUUGUGGUGAGCCCCCAAAUGGAAGUUUCACUUGAAUGUAAAAUAAUGAAUGUAAAAUAAUAAAUAUAAAUUUAUAUUUUGAA